UCAUCGGUUAAAAUGUAAAAUAAAUUUCCGUUUAAAACAGAAGAAAAAUCGUUUUAUUAUUCAGGAGUACUCGAAAUGUACGGUAUGUCACCAAGUUUAUUGUUUACAUUUAAUGUUUUACUGCUUGGUGUUUCAACACAGAGAAUCAUAUAUCAGGAUGUUGGGAACCAGAGCAAUUUUCACUUUAAAAACUGUAACAGGUCAGCAGUCCCAUUUUACGUGCAGCGUUUUCAGUUAGAUCCUGAUCCAAUUAAUCUCCGAGAGUGGAUUAUCCUAACCGUGGAGUUUAAUCUGGAGAGAGAUGUUGGACUAGACGGCAACAGAAUAGAUGUUGAUUUAAACUGGAGACUGAAAACUGAUAGAGGCUACACGGAACUGUGUGACAUUAUCGGUGAAUAUUAUUGCCAUUUGAAUGACUUGUGUGCAGAACUUGAAAGACUAAUGAAACACAAUAAAUGCCCACAAUUUAUGAUGGAGAAGUAUGACAACAAUUGUUCGUGCCCUUUCUUAAAGAACGAGUACAAAAUACCGUCAGUACCAAUUAUUAUUCCCAAACCCCUUCCGAUAGAACUCAGAGGUACCUUCGACCUUACAGUAAAAUUACAAGAGCAAGGUACACGUGUGGGCUGUAUUCAAGUGGAGUUUUGUAUCACCGACUGCAAGCCUUUGGGAGGAUAAUACCGUAUGGUUCCUGACGAAACCGGCAAAUUGCCUCUUUUCAUAUAUGGAAUGCCGUUAAAGGAAUUACACUGAGGUUUAUAAGCCUAUAAACUUAUAAAAUUUAAAUUUUUCACGUCGAUAAACAUGAUAACUUAAAAUGGAAAUAUAAAUAAAAUAUAACGAAAAAAUAUACAAAAAAUACAUUGAAAAGCA